CCGGGAAGAUGGCGGCGCCCAAGUUAGAUCUGGCACGUGUUUCCGCGGAGAAGACCCUGCAAUGACGGGAUGAUAGUGACCUCCUCUUCUCUAAUGAGGGACUGAGGUCAGUGACUCUCUUCUCACCAUGAGUGUCACCCCAGAGGUCAAGUGUCGUGGGAUGAAGUUUGCUGAGGAGCAGCUGCUAAAGCAUGGAUGGACUCAAGGCAAAGGCCUGGGCCGGAAGGAGAAUGGCAUCACCCAGGCCCUCAGGGUGACCCUGAAGCAGGACACUCAUGGGGUAAGACUGGGCAGGCUGAGGGAGGUGGGACAUGACCCUGCCAAGGAGUUCACAAACCACUGGUGGAAUGAGCUCUUCAACAGGACUGCGGCCAGUUUGGUAGUGGAAACUAAGGAGGAUGGAGUACAGAUAAGGCGCCUUUCUAAGGAGACCACCCGUCAUAAUCAUCCCAAGCCCAACUUGCUGUAUCAGAAGUUUGUGAAGACCGCCACACUGACUUCAGGUGGGGAGAAGCCAGAGAAGGACUUGGAGAGCUGCAGUGAUGAUGACAACCAGGGGCCCGAGCCUUCAAAGAUUCUGACUGAUGAGAUGCUGCUCCAGGCCUGUGAGGGGCGAACAGCACACAAGGCUGCCCGUCUUGGGAUCACAAUGAAGGCUAAGCUUGCUCGGUUAGAGGCCCAGGAACAGGCCUUCCUGGCUCAUCUCAAAGGCCAGCACCCUGAGACCCCUCAACUGCAGUGUGAGAGCAAGCGCCCGAAAAAAAAGAAAAAGAAAAGGAAGCAGAAAGAGGAGGAAGAGGCUACAGCCACUGAAGGGAAUGCAGAAGAGGAGUACCCAGAAUACACGGACCAGAGCAUCAGGAAAAGCAAGAAGAAAAGACGACAUCAAGAAGAAAAGGUCACAGACGAGAGAGAGGGAACAGCCAUAGGGAAUGAGGAAGAACAGGCCGCAGGAACAAGUAGGCUUGGGGAAUCGAAGAACAGAGAACAAACCUGUCAGUCCCUCAGGAAAAGGAAGAAGAAGAGGCAGCGCCAUGAAGAGGAGGAGGAGAAGGAGGGGGUCUUAGAUAAAGGAGAAGAAGGCAAGGAGGCUGCAGAGGAGGAGACCAGAGCAUACACUGACCCAUGUGGGAAAGGCAAGAAGAGGCGGCAGCGUGAGGAGGAGGAAGUUGAGCAGGCUGUUGUCGAUGGUGGGACCAGGGAAGCAGAAAGCAGAGCACGCGGCAGUAGGGAGAGCAGGAGAAGCAGGAAGAAAAGACAGCGGCAUCAAGAGGAGGAGGACAUCUUGGAUGUAAGGGAUGAAGGAGAUGAGGAGGGUGGCAGGACUAGGGAAGCAGGGAGCACUGGCUCAAGCAGCAGAAGUAAGAGGAGGAGGCAGGAGCAACCAGAGGAAAGAGCUAGACUCAACACUGACCAGAGAGCAAAAAAGAAACAGAAGAGAGAGUGACAGGCAGGUCAAAAUGGGGCUAAAUUGAUUCCUUUUCAGGAGUUGAAGCCUCAGAGACCUGAGUCCGUGCAGCGCUUCUGCACCCUCUGAGGGAGGAGUCCCUCCCAGGGAGGAAACUGAGC